CGAAAGGGGGAAGGAACGACUGGCGUUGAGUUUGACCUCGAUGCCCGCCGAUGGAAGCUGAAGCCCGCCGCUGCCGACUGCGAUAGCGACACGACUCGUACUCCAUCACCCUCAUAUCCCCCGUCGGUCUCGAUACCAGCGCCAGACGUCAACAGAAAGAGCAAGGAACAAGAUGCGCAAAACUGGACUUUACAAAUACCCGCCAGCGAGCACAACCACUUCUUGAUCAACACGCGCUGGGACAAGACAGAGCUUGGUCCCAUACGAUCAUGGCCUCCUGUGCUGCAGCUCAUGGUGCUCAAGAUGCUGCACGACCCUCGACCCGCCAACUUGUACUGGGGCAACAGUCGCAUCGCAAUCUACAACGAGGCCUUUUCCAUCAUGGCCCACUCUCGCCAUCCUGCCAUGAUGGGUGCCACUGCCGAAGAAGCCCUGCCUGCCACUUGGCCCUUCCUCAAACUCAUGAUGCAGCAAGUACAGGAUACGAAAACCGCCUUCCACACGCCCGAAUUCGAGAUGGAAGUACACAANAAGAGCGGCUUCCUCGAGGAAGCUUGGUACGACGGCGUCUUCUCCCCCAUCCUUGACUGUGACGGGAGCUUUGAAGGUCUAUACAAUUCAGGCUACGAGAUCACCAACAACGUUCUCAUGCACCGUUACGCUCGUUUGACCAACCAGAUUGCUGCUGUUCCCGAUUUCCACCACACAAAUGUCUGGUCUCACAUUGUCGAGGGUUGUCGAUCCUUCGAAAGAGAUGUGCCCAUGCUCCUGGUAUACUCGGCUAAUCUUGUGCUCUCUGAACGAUCUGACCAUUGCACUCUGAGACUGGAGGGUUCUCUGGGCAUCAACGACGUACACGAACAGACCUUGCGCAAUCUCAACCUCGAUGACUCAGCACAUCCCCUCGCACCUGCUUUCAGAUCCAGCAAAGCUCUUGGUCAUCCUAUUGUGCUUGACACUUCGAACCAGACCUUGCGCCAAUUCCGACAAGACGUUGAGUGGCGAGGUUGGCGCGAACCAUCUUCUCUGCUUGUUGUCAUGCCUAUACUUACCAACGGUCUCAUUCCUGGCUUCACCGUCAUGGGUCUCAAUCCCCGAAGACCUUAUGAUGAUGACCUGAAGCAGUUGGUCAAUGACUUCUGGCGGACCGCUACUUCUGUUGUCUCUUCGAGUAUCAAUUUUGAACAAGCACAAGAGCGAGAGAGGGCUCUCACUAGAAGGCUUACCCAGCGAGAACAAUUCAUCCGGAAGGUCGCAGAGAUAACUAACGUCGGCAUUUAUUCUUCGUCAGCUGCUGGCAUUCUCACUUAUGCCAACCCCAAGUAUCACGAGAUUGUCGAUGAUACCUCUGAAACAGGUCGCGGUCACGCUUAUGGUCUUGAAGCAUUUAUUUUGGAAGAGGACCAAGAAAAGAUCACAAACGCGAUUGAGGAAUGCAAAUCUCGGCGAACCAACAUUAGCAUCAGCGUUCGUCUGAAACGAAAAUGGACACCACCCGGUUCGUCAAUGGAACAACACUACUGGGUAUUGAACUCCAUUGUUCCAGAUGUUGAAGAUGACAGGGUACAAGGUGUCAUUGGGUCGCUGGCUGAUAUCAGGCACACUAUGUGGGCUCUACAAUUGCANAAGGACUCGACCGACGCUGCUCUUGAAUCAAAGAAACACCUUGAACGAUUCAUUGUAUGUCAGACUUUUAUUUCUUUCCAGCCAUCGCUAAUAGACACANNGGACAUGACUUCUCAUGAAAUGCGAAACCCUCUGGGUGCGACAAUGCAGUGUGCCGAUGACAUUCUUCGCCUAAUCGAGGAGGAAAAAGUCUUACGGACAGGCAUUGUCUCUCGAGAAAUCCUUGACUCAAUACGAGAAAAUGCAAAGACCAUCGCAUUUUGCAGUGCUCAUCAGAAGACGAUUGCAGAUGAUAUUCUUGUAGUCUCAAAGCUCAGCUCAUCACUUCUGUCGCUGUCUUCCGCUGUUUGCCAACCCGAGAUGGUGGGGAAGCAAGUCGUUCGCAUGUUUCAAGCUGAAGCCGCGAAUGCUGAUAUCGACCUUGCUCUGGAUAUCCACCCAUCCUACAAUAUCAACUGGGCCUUGUGCGACGCUUCGAGAAUACGACAGAUCUUAAUUAACCUGGUCAGCAAUGCGAUGAAAUUCACAAGAGGCAGAAGCAAACGAUCCAUCAAACUCAUCAUUGGGUCCAGCAGCAUGACGCCUCCAAGGCACAUGUCGCAGCUACAAUGGUAUCCAAAGGAUUCGCCGAACCCAGUGUUGAGCGACGACAGCAAUGUCUUCUUGACCUUUGAGGUGCAAGAUACUGGCAAAGGUCUCACCUCAGAGGAAAUGUCAAGAUUGUUCAACAGAUUCAGUCAAGCAAGCGCNGCAAACAAGCGAAACAGUAAGCUCCAUUGUUACACUCAAACAAGCACAUGGCUGACUUCUACCCAGUACGGUGGCUCCGGUUUGGGGCUCUACAUUUCAAUGCAACUUGCAGAACUCCAAGGCGGUCGCAUUGGUCUCGCAAGCAAGAGCGGCGAAGGAAGUACGCGAGGAUCCAGAUCAUAUAGACAUACAUGCGCUGACCGCUCGAAGGCNACUUUUGGAUUUUACAUCAAAGUCAAGACGACCUCAGCCACGGACGAAGAAGAAAGGAACAUGAGAAGGAUCUCCGACACUGUCGAACUUCAGAAUCUCCAAGAACGCACAAGACCGCUCGACAUCCUGCUGGUUGAGGACAAUAAGAUCAACGCGAAAGUGCUGAGCAAGCAACUUCGAGCGAAGGGUCAUCAAGUCUAUAUCGCAAAUCAUGGUGGUGAGGCUCUUGAUUAUCUCAAAACAACUCGAUACUGGCGAGGUGGGGAUCGGCCAGGCAAAAGGUUGGAUGUCAUCUUGAUGGAUUGGGAGAUGCCCGUCCUCAAUGGCAUUGAUUGCACCAAGCAGAUACGAGAAUGGGAGACGACCGGUAAGUUCACAGAACACUUGCCCAUCGUCGUCACCUCUGCGAACGCGCGACCGGAGCAGAUUGAAGUCGCCUGUUCGGCAGGAGCUGAUGGCUUUCUGUCUAAGCCUUUCACAGUGGCGCAAGUCUUUGAGAAGAUACAGCAGAUGGACUUGUAG